AUGCUGGCUGCAAGACAGCGCGUCAGAAUACCAGCAGCUGUGGUUUUGCGUGCCGCCUCAACAACGGUUCCUGGAACCGCUGCCAACCGCAAAAUCAAUCGCCGUGUUCCAAACGAGUCUCUCCUGGGACAGUCGUACUCGGUGCCGCAGGAGCGAUCCACAACGUCGUAUCGCGGUCUGCCAUUGCAGCCAUGCGUUGCGGUGACAAGCUGCGAGUCCUACGACCUGGAAAAAGUCCGGACCAUCCUGUCUCACCUUGAACUUGACACAGAAGAAAUUGUGCGCAACGAGGCUGUCCAUUUCCGGUAUCAAGCCGAUGCGUCUAGCGUUUCCGACGUGUUCGUCCUGCAAACUGGAACGAUUGUGUCAUGGGGCUUGUCGGAACAAAACGUCGUGGACAAUGUUCUGCCUUUGUUCAAUGAGGCUAUGACGACACCGUACGAGGUGCAGACGGAGGACAUGGACUAUAUUGAGUUCGAACAAGGCGGUGCAAAAAAAGCACAAAGCUCAACACUUGAACAAGAAAUCAUCUGCAUCGCCGGAGAUCCGCGACAGAAAAUGUUGGACAAGCUAGCGUUUUCGUACGGAAUUUCAAGAUCCACACGACUGGCCGUCCUGGAGAGCUCGCUUGAAAAGCAUAUCCAGCUGACCAGAAAUACAACAGAGAACUUGUCCAAAGGGAAGCAGCUUGGAAUUGGGGCACGCGAAGUGUUGCGUAGCUCAGGAAGACUGCUUCUACUCCGUGGCAAGCUCAAUUUGUACUCCGAGCUGGUGGAAACGCCGGAUUUGUACUGGACCGAGCCCAACUUGGAAAAAAUCUACAAUGACGUAUCUAGGGCCUUGGAUCUCAGCACAAGAAUCAGUAUCUUGAACAGGAAGCUGGACUAUUGUUCAGACGAAGCACGUGCACUUCUAGACAUCCUAACCACCCGUAAAGGCACUCGGUUGGAAUGGAUAGUGAUCUACUUGAUCAUGAUUGAGGUGAUGUUUGAAAUCCACCACUUUUACGAGCGUUACUAUGACAAUAGAAAACAGGAAACAACAGUGUAUAUAGAAAAAGCAAAUAUAUAA